AUGAUGUCUUUCGGUGCGAGAAGACGGGCGUUUGUCGGUGUUGAAGACGUGCUGUUUCUAGAAAAAUUCAUGUUUUUCAAUUACUACUUCGCGUUCGACGAUGCAGCAAGGGCAGUCGCAGAACAAGACCUGCGGGACUCCAGAUGGAACUACAUGCCCAGGUACAAGAUCUGGUAUCGCGAAGUCAGGAAUCGCAGUCGUGCAGAAAAUUCAGCCUCGAACAACCGCGUACGUUACAUCUACUGGGAUGCUGUCGACUGGGUUGCCAAGCCUUUUUCUCCGUCUCCGGUCUCGUAA